UAGAGAGCAGGUCAUCUUUUCAGCUGAAUCUUAAGAAUUAAUCUGGAAACAGUUUUUAUACAUAAAUGGAAUUUCAGUAUUUCCAUGGAAAUAUAACUAAAGAAAAGUGUGAAGAAUUACUGAGCAAAGUAGGAAUAAAUGGAAGUUUUUUAGUACGAGACAGUGAGAGCAUACCUGGAGCCUUGUGCCUUUGUGUUUUUUAUGAACACCUUAUCUACACUUACCGAAUCUUCAGGAAAAAUAAUGGACAUCUUAUGAUACAGACAUCUGAAGGUACUCCGAGGCUUGUCUUUAGAACAUUAAAUGAUUUAAUUGACAACUACAAAAAGCCAAAUCAAGGGCUAGUAAUCAAUCUGUGCUAUCCUGUAAAUCGUUCUCCUUACCAUCAGGAAACUCAGACUGUGUAUGUCACUAAAGAUGAAGCAUAUGCGAUUCCAGAUGCUGGAGAAAAUGAUUACAUUGACGUCUUGCCUGACUAAUCUCCAUUUACUCCAUUUCAGCAGGGGCCUUCUAUGGAUCACACCCAUACAAAUUACGUCUUCUAUUCACUUCACUGGAUUCUGUGUUCAUUUAUACUCUGGAUAAUUCUAUGACACAUUUAAUACCAACUCUUGCUUGCUUACUUAUUUGCUUGCUUGCUUGUCUCUGUGUACAAGGCACACUUUGUAAAAUGCACACAUACUUGUGGACUCUUCUUUCCAUGUACAGGGUACAUAUAUCUGUUUAUGUAAAUAGUCACCCCUGAUGAAGUGGACACUGAAAAACUUAUGCCACAAAGAAGUGACAGCCUUUUCCAUAUUGCAAUACCUUAUUAUAUUUUCAUUUUAACAGUUUUCAUUUAUUAGCACUAUUGAACUUCCUAUAUUUGUUGGUCAUAAAUACAAGUGUCUUGGAUGUUUAUAAAAUUCUGAAUUGUUUAAUUUAGUCAGAAUUAUUCAAUAUCACUGUUAUAAGUCACACACACACACACAAACAUAUAAAUAUAUUUAAAUCUCACUCUGUAUCUGGAGUAUACAUUUUAACAAAACACACAGUAAAAAAUAUAAGAAACCUGGGAAAGUUUACAUGGCUGAUUAAGUAGCUGUGCAGGAUUUGGUUAAGAAGUAACAUAAGCAUUCACAAUACUCACCAAUUGUUAUUUAACGUGUCAAACAAGCCAAAUGAAUCCUUUUAAGCCAAACGUCAUGCUACAUCAUGGCCAAAUAGGAUGUGUCACACUAGCCUGGAGGCACAGUUUAUAAAGAUCAAUCUCCUUAGUCAGCUUAAUCCUGUCAGAAAGCUUUGUAUUUAGUAAAAUUCUAAGAUUGUCGAAAGGAGAAUAUAUGCACCUCAGGGUUGAAUUCUUAGGUCUUUAGUGUUCUUUGAGCUUCUUUUCCUGCAGACAUUUAAUUACUAGGCUAGGUGACUGCAUAUCAAAACCCUGCAAACUCUAUUCCUCCAUGCAAUGAUGAUGACACUUAGCCUGGAAAUGAAAUGUCUUCAGGAAGAAAAUGUCUGCAGGAAGAAAAGCAAGUUCAUGAAGCCAACAAUUGUCUGAAUUCCAUUAUUUUAUUUGGGUGAAGUGUAUCGGCCACUAUUCAAGAUUCCAUUACUAUAGAAUACAUAUAGUUUUUCUUGAUGGUACUUUACAAUAAUAGAAUUACACAUUUUGAUGUAAUUGUUGCCGGUAACAUGCAUUUUUACACCCAAAACUUAGGAAACUCUUACAAAAUGUCUUAUUUUUACUUUAUAUGUGGGAAAAAAAAUGAAUGCAUGACAUCUAGGGUUUUAAAUGGGUUGCAGUUUAGAAGGGACAAACAUCACUAAAUAAAUGUCUGAUUAGGUCCACCAAUUCAUUUUCUUGUUGAAGCAAAGCCAAGCCAGUAUAUUUACAAUUCGGUCAAUUAUUUUUCCUGCUUUAGUAAAAAAGCUGGCAUAUUACUAAUACUAAAAAAAAAAAAAAAUAGUACUAGACUGCAAAAAAGGGAAAUCGUGCCAGAGAAAUGA